CUAUCAGCGGUGGUUGUCCAGUAUCGAUGUGAUAACGAGAGUCCGCACUUCCGUCCGUGGUACGACGUUCGAACCAUGGCCAAAUAUAUCGUGCAAAUAAUAAUCAUCGGCUCUCAGAUUGUCGGCAAGGCCCUGACCAAAGCUCUUAAACAGGAAUACGCCGCAAGCCAGGAGUCCGCUCGUAGGGCUGGUGGAGGACGUGCGGGCGCAGCUCACGCCGCAGCAAAUGCCAAGGCCGGAAUCACGUUGGAGGAGGCCAAACAGAUAUUGAACGUCCAAGAUAUGACCCAAGAUGAAAUCCAGAAAAGAUAUGAAUAUUUAUUCAAAAUAAAUGACAAAUCAGUAGGUGGUUCAUUUUACCUACAGUCUAAAAUAUACAGAGCUAAAGAACGACUAGAUAAAGAAAUUUCCAAUAAGAGUAGUGAAAAAGCGUAAAUAAUAUAGAGUAGGUAACUAAUAUAUUAUUUUAUGUGUUAAUAAACAUGUAUAAUUUUGUUAUAAUAAAAUAAAAACAAUUAUUUUUUAAUUUAGAUAUUUAGUCAAUUGUAUCAAAUUAUAUAAUAAAUUGUAAAAUUGAAAA